AUGAGGAUUCAGCUCACGCGUGGCACUCCACAGGUCCGGUUUGCUGGUAUUAAUGUCCGGUAUAUUGGUGUUAAAGUCCGGUAUAUUGGUGUUAAGGUCCGGUUUGCUGGUAUUAAUGUCCGGUAUGCUGGUAUUAAUGUCCGGUAUGUCAACUGUGUUCCGGGUAGUUACGUCAGCUUCCUCUUGUACUUAGCAGGUUUUGACACCUCGGCAGCGCUGUCCCUCCUUGAGCGCAUCCAGCGGUCCAUGAAGGAGACGGACGAGACUAAGAUGUCCGACCAGUGCAGCAACGACCUCAACACUCUGAUCUCCGUCCUCGAGAGCCCCGUCUUUAGGGGCAUCAUCAACAUACAGGAAUCCCUGAAGGAGUUGAAGAAGCAGGUGUCGCAGCACCCGUCCAUAGUGCCCGCGGACUUUGACAUCAGUCGGGAGGGGAAGUUGAUCCUACAUGUGUCACCAGAGGGAGGAGAGCACAUUGAGUUUGAUAUGCACAGUGACUCAGCCACCCUCAUCCUCAAUACCAGCCCCGCCCUUAAUGCCCAGCUUGACAACCAAGAUGCCUCACCUAGCAAGGCCUCAGAGAGCAUCGAACUGCAGGAACUGACCCAAAUACAGGUGCAGCAGGAGCAUAAACAACAAGAGCAACAACAACAACAACAGCAGCAGCUACAGGAGGAGGUUAAGAUACAGGAGGAGGAGAAGGAGGAGAUAGAGACGGAGACAGAGAAAGAGAAGAUUGGUGUAGUAGAUGAAGAUGAUCUCCCACCAGCCAUCAUUAACGCUACCUUAGACCAGGAGCUGAAGAGGGCCAUUCAUACCGCCGCUCAGGGCAGAGACGUCCAUCAUAUCCAGCUGUACAAGCCAGAGGGCAGCAGCUUAGGCUUCAGUGUAGUAGGACUGAGGUCAGAGAAGCGAGGCGAACUGGGCAUCUACGUGCAAGGCAUCCAACCAACGGGCAUCGCUGCACAGUGA